GCAGAUGAUGUCUGGCUUCACAGGAUGUCUUGCAUUAUUCGGGGUGAUAUUGACUUUGGUGACUCCUGUUAUACAAGAUGAGGUUGACGACCGUGGUGACCCCAGCGUACGGAUCCUCUACCUGGAUCCAUGGCCGAAGGAGUCGAGUGUGCCAAGCAAUAUGACGUCAGAGGGUGGAGUCUGCCCCCCCUACAUGUGUGAGAACGGAGGAACCUGUGUGGAGGUGGAGGGACAGUAUAGAUGUCUGUGUGCACCGGGAUUCAUCGGACACAAGUGCCAAGUUGUACUGUGUGAGUUGGUCUGUGACAAUCACUGGAUGAGGCUUCAGGUUCCGAAGGAUGUCCUCACCGAUCUGAGUGUAAAUGUCUCCAACCUUCAUACAUCUAAUGAGAAGUGCACAGCAGAAGAGUCUCUUCUUUAUGUCUCCAUCACACUGACCCACCAGAACCACACACAAUGUGGAACAGAGGUUAAGGUUAAUGGGACUCACCUCAUCUAUUCAAAUGAGCUCAAAACAGGAUUCACAACACAGCAGCCAGAGAUACUUGGAAAUUCCAUAUCCCGAUCUGCAGAUGUCCAGAUCUCCUUCUUCUGUGUCUACCACUAUGAUCGAAUUGUGUCUCUGCCCUACCCACUGCUCACCAGUGCCUCGCUGGUGACAUUUGUGGUAAAGGAAGGAAAAUUCAAUGUUAGUAUGACCCUUCACCCCUCAGAAGAUUUCUUGGACUCUUAUGAUCGCCCUCCAAUCAUCCCACUUACCGGCAGACUCUACGUCCAGCUGCAGAUCCUCGGACUUGAUCUGCAAGACUUCUUUAUUCUGAGAUUGGAUGAGUGCUGGGCCACACCAGGGCCAAAUUAUGCUGACGAGAUAAGACACCUAAUCAUCUCCAGUGGAACUGCUAAUGACUCCACGGUGGCCAUGUUGGAGUCAGGGAACCAAUUGCUGAGCCGCUUCUCCCUGCAGAUGUUCCACUUUGUGAAAUUCCCAGAAUUUUACCUGCACUGCCGAGUCUGGCUGCACCAGCCCAAUGCCAGCCAUUGCUGCAAUCCGCCUAAAACCAGCAGUUACCGACACGCC